AACUGCCCCAGUAGCAAUCCCGCUGUCAGAGAGACCAGUUGACAGGGCGAAUGUUAUUUUCUGCGUUACGAAAUUGCUAUUCACUGAAAUUUUAAAAUUUUAUAGAGUCACUAAAAUUAAACGGUAAAAAUGGUUACCAGCUGCAAAAUAAAAUCAAUCAGUGUCAAUACAAUUAUCGAAAUCAUCCGUUAAUGAUGAAGAGUACAGAUGUUUCAUUGAGCUGAGACUCAAUCACGAACCUAUUCAUAUUUAAAAAUACGUGUAAUUUGCGUAAUUCGUGAGUGAAAAUAAAGCUGAAAAUAAACUGAUAAACUUACAACUCCCCAUCAUCGGAGAGCUGUUCAAUAAUAAUGAUAAAAUUCUAGAAGAUAGUACUAGCAAAUGAAUAAAAAGAUCUAUCUCGAUCAGAUUCACCCCUCUUGGUACUCGGGGUCAAGUGAUAAGAUAUUACAAAAACAGAUAAAUGACAAAUUGAGGGAUCCAGGCAGCUGCAUUCACAAAGAAUCGUCAUUUCUGGUUUAACAUGAUGCUGAUUCAGAUUUUACUAGUGUCUUACCUAAUUAUCGCGGUGCAAUCGGAGUUCGUAACAAAUGUAAGUGUAGUCGAGCCUAAAAAUUUACAAGGACUACGCGGAGGGAUUCGUCGUUACCUUCCAACCUGGGAAAGUCUGGACUCGCGACCGCUCCCCAAGUGGUACGAUGAAGCCAAAAUCGGUAUUUUUAUUCACUGGGGAGUCUACAGUGUUCCCAGUUUUCACUCUGAAUGGUUCUGGAAUCACUGGAAAACGGAUCCGAUUGGGGGAGAAUUAAAGAAAUUCAUGAAAAAAAACUACAAGCCACAUUUCUCAUACCAGGACUUCGCACGUGACUUUACAGCUGAAUUCUUUGAUCCCAAUGAGUGGGCUAAAUUGUUCGUAGAUUCAGGAGCUAAAUAUGUGGUUCUUACUAGUAAGCACCACGAGGGUUACACACUCUGGUCCUCAAAUUACUCUUUCAGCUGGAAUUCCAUGGAUGUCGGACCCCACAAGGAUUUAGUUGGUGAACUAGCAAAUGCUAUCAGAGCAACAAAAACCCUACGCUUUGGGCUCUACCAUUCUUUCUUCGAAUGGUACAAUCCCUUAUAUUUGGAAGACAAAAAUAAUAAAUUCAAUACCGACAAGUUUAUGCAGAACAAAGUUAUCCCAGAAAUGUACGAAAUCGUGGAGAAGUACAAGCCUGAGGUCUUCUGGAGCGACGGCGACGGAGGAACCUCCGAGGAGUACUGGAAAUCCAAAGAAUUCAUUGCUUAUCUUUAUAAUGACAGCCCUGUUAAGGAUACUGUUGUUGUUAAUGACAGGUGGGGGAUAGGAACUGCUUGCAAACACGGAGACUUCUAUUCAUGUGCUGAUAGAUACAAUCCAGGACAUCUCUUGCCUCAUAAAUGGGAGAAUGCCAUGACUAUUGAUAGGCAGUCGUGGGGAUUCCGUCGAAAUGCUCGACUAGAGGAUUUUUUGACGAUUGAGGAACUGGUAAGGGAGCUGGUGAGCACUGUUAGUUGUGGGGGGAAUCUACUCGUCAAUGUCGGCCCUACCAAGGAUGGCAUUAUCGUUCCUAUCUUCCAAGAUCGUCUCUUGAGUUUAGGUCGUUGGUUGAAGGUGAAUGGUGAAGCAAUCUACAACUCUACGCCCUGGUUAAUACAGAGUGAUACACCAGAAAAAAAUGUUUGGUACACAUUCCGUGAAGAUUUAAAAGCCCUUUAUGUGAUCAUCUUGGAGUGGCCGAGCGACAAUAUUUUGGAACUUCAUGCUGUAAAAAUCGUAAAACCAGCAAAUUAUCAAAUGCUGGGUUAUCCUGGAACGAUUGAACACGACGGAAUGAAAUUAAAACUACCACCCGCAGCUCACCGAGGACAACCAGCAUGGGUUGUGAAGAUAAACGAAUUAUAAAAAAAAUAUUUGUAAAACGAUUUCGAUGAUCCGCUGGUCGGAAAUAAAAUCCUGAAUUUGUGAUUUUUUAAA